AUGAGACCUCAAACCGAGUCGUCCUCCACCGCCACAAUGGCUUCCUCUUCUUCUUCCCAAAAACAAAAGAAGUCCUUUUCCACCACCACCCCCAAAACAGAACAAAUGGAAAUCGACCACUUCCGCUCCAUCCCCUGGGUAGCCAAGCACCUCUCGCAACCACACCUAAUCAUCAACCAAUCCGACACCCGCCGCCCCAAGCCCAACAACGGCGACACUCUUAUCUCGCAGACACUCAACAGGGAAGAUGGAAUUUCCGCUUACAUCACCAUCAUCCAACAACCUGCUCAAGAACAGGAACUCAUAACAGAAAUGCUCUCCUUCCUCACCCUCGGCCCCCAACUCAACGGCUGGCCCGGCGUCUGCCACGGCGGCAUCGUCAUGACCAUUCUCGAUGAAGUGCAAGGCCAGCUGUUCACACAGAACAAGAAGCAGAGGAAGAUGAAGGAUAUCCCGCUCAUGACGGCGUACCUAAACACCAAGUUUUCGAAGCCAGUGAGGACGCCGUGCACGAUCAUGGUUAGGGCCAGGAUUACGAAGGUCGAGGGGAGGAAGCAUUGGACUGAGGCGGUGAUUUUGGUUGAGGAUGAACAAGGAAAAGAGGUGGAGCUGGCGAGGUGUGAUAGUUUGUUUGUUAUGUUGAAGUCGAACUUGUAA